CCCGCCCCGGCCCAGAUUCACAUCCGGGGCUCUGGGCCCGGCUCUGCCCGAGCGGAGGCGCCGUGUGUGUCCCGCCGUCUGAAUAAAGUUUUGCCGAGAGCGAGGCUGGGGCCCAGCGCUCCACGGCCGCGCGGCCGGGCUUUUGAAAAGGGCUGCCUUGAUAGACCUGGAGAAUGUCUUCCAUUUUUCCGCAGAACAGGAAGAAAACGUACUGCAAAAGCCUGAAAAUCUACUGCUUAUAAUACCUAUCCCAGGAGACUGGGGGAAAUGGCUAAGCGUAUAAGUGAAGUGGCCAAGGACUAAAUUAGAAGAAUCGUCCCUUUUGAUUUAUAAGUGACAUCUAUUCAAUCAGGUGUUGUCUUCCAAGAAAUAAUACAGUUGGUCAGUUGCUUCUUGUAGACAUUGACAUUUAUUUAUAGAAAGGUUUUCUGAAGACUUGUGUCAAAUGACGUCAAUGGCCAGUUUGUUCUCUUUUACUAGCCCAGCUGUAAAGCGUUUGUUGGGCUGGAAACAAGGAGAUGAAGAGGAAAAAUGGGCAGAAAAGGCAGUUGAUGCUUUGGUAAAAAAGUUGAAAAAGAAAAAGGGUGCUAUGGAAGAAUUAGAAAAAGCCUUGAGCAGUCCCGGACAGCCCAGCAAGUGUGUUACUAUUCCUCGUUCUUUAGAUGGGAGACUUCAAGUUUCCCACAGAAAAGGCCUGCCCCAUGUUAUAUACUGUCGUGUCUGGCGUUGGCCUGAUCUACAGAGUCAUCAUGAGUUGAAGCCAUUGGACGUUUGUGAAUUUCCAUUUGGAUCUAAACAGAAGGAAGUUUGUAUUAAUCCAUACCACUACAAAAGGGUGGAGAGCCCAGUUCUACCUCCAGUGUUAGUGCCUAGACAUAGUGAAUUCAAUCCACAGCACAGCCUUCUUGUUCAGUUCAGGAACCUAAGCCACAAUGAACCGCACAUGCCACAAAAUGCUACAUUUCCAGAUUCUUUCCAGCAACCCAACAGCACUCCAUUUUCCAUUUCACCAAACAGCCCCUACCCACCUUCUCCAGUGAGCAGCACUUACCCAAGUUCCCCUGCCAGUUCUGGACCAUCUAGUCCAUUUCAGCUACCAGCUGAUACUCCACCUCCUGCAUAUAUGCCCCCCGAAGAUCAGAUGGGGCAGGAUAAUUCACAGUCUAUGGACACAAGCAACAUUAUGAUUCCUCAAAUUAUGCCAAAUAUAGCCAGCAGAGAUGUUCAACCUGUUGCUUAUGAAGAGCCCAAGCACUGGUGUUCAAUUGUGUACUAUGAAUUAAACAAUCGCGUUGGAGAAGCUUUUCACGCAUCUUCCACCAGUGUCUUAGUGGAUGGAUUUACAGAUCCUUCUAACAAUAAAAACAGGUUCUGCUUAGGUUUGCUGUCCAAUGUUAAUCGCAACUCAACUAUUGAGAACACUAGGCGACAUAUUGGAAAAGGAGUUCAUCUCUACUAUGUUGGUGGGGAAGUCUAUGCUGAGUGCUUAAGUGACAGCAGCAUAUUUGUACAGAGCAGGAACUGCAACUACCAUCAUGGAUUUCACCCUACAACUGUGUGCAAGAUUCCCAGUGGCUGCAGCCUUAAAAUUUUUAACAAUCAGGAGUUUGCUCAGCUUUUAGCUCAGUCUGUCAACCAUGGAUUUGAGGCAGUGUAUGAGCUUACCAAAAUGUGCACCAUUCGAAUGAGUUUUGUAAAGGGUUGGGGAGCAGAAUAUCAUCGUCAAGAUGUCACAAGCACCCCAUGCUGGAUAGAAAUUCAUCUUCACGGGCCCCUUCAGUGGCUGGAUAAAGUACUUACACAAAUGGGCUCACCACUUAAUCCCAUCUCUUCAGUUUCAUAGUGCUGCAGUAUUACCUUCAACUCUACCUUUAGUGAACUUAUUUUAAUUCUAGAGAAACUUCCAGUGUGGAUACUGUGAGCUAGAUGGAGAACAGAUAUGGUUUAACUUUUUACCCCCUUUGUGACCAAUUGCAUUACAUAUUGUUGAUUUAUUUUUACAUUUGUUUGUUCUUGUGAUACUAAAGUGACAAUUGAGCCCUAUUGGGGGAGAGGGAAGUGCGACAAAGUUUCUUGAAAAAAUCGCAACACUUUUCCCCCUCUUCAAAUGAAACUUAAACAGGUAUAUGUCUAACUGGAACAUAUUUUCUUCACUGUCACACAGGGACAAGAAUUUUGAAGACAGAUUUUAGGAGUAAAUACAGAUCAUAGAUUUUUAGUGUUAAUAGAACUGUACAUUCUGUUUGCUGAACAUGUGCAGCUCCAGAUUUCAGUCAGUAUUUUAUAUGUAGCUGUGUAACAUCUUACCGAAGACUUCUGUCAUAAACAAAGUUAGCCUUUAUUACAGCUAAGUUUGCCUCAAUUUGAACAAUGUGAGUUAAGUGUACACCUCUUGAAAUACUUUUUUUUUUAAAUGGAUAUGGAUGGUGUAAAAACACUUGCAUUAACUUUUGGAAAAUGCAGUCAUAAACACACUAUAUACAUUGAAGAACAUAAAUUAUUAGCCUUGUCCCAUUCCAAUUUUAUAACAUUGCUUUUAACCACCAUUUAACGAGUAAUUGAUACAAGGUAAACUCUUUCGCACUGCUGCGGACUAGUCAGUUCUUGUUUUGCCUUGAUAUGCACCCAUGCUGUUUUGGAUGUAAUUGCCAACACCUAGCUUUUUAGGUACCCUUUUGUAUUUUAGUAUACACACCACUUUUUAUAAAUGGUAGUACUUACAUUGCAAAGGAGCUAAGUUCUCUAGCUGUCUGUUUUACCUAUUCAGAAUUGGCAUGUUUUAGGUCUCGUAAAUCACUUAGCAGUUGUUUUGCAAUAUUAGUAAUGACCCUGUACUUCACUUCCAAUACAGAUUUGAUUAAUCUCUCUUUCUCAUACUGUUUUGAAGACUGAAUGGCUUAGCAAAUGGUAAUUGAGUGCAGAGUGUUUUAUUUCUAGAUCAAAUGCAGAUGUGGUAGAUAAUUAUCAAAAAUCAUGACUGUAAAGACUUAUGUCCUGUGUGAAAUGGUGGUCUUCAUCCCAAUCCUGAUGAAUGAGUUUCCCCUCACAUAGUCUAGGCCUACAGUUGGCAUUCUUAGCAGAGAAGCUAACGAUUGCAUGUAGAUGGAGAUUAAAGGUUUCAGAGGAGCAGCUGUGUUAGUCUGUAUCCGCAAAAAGAACAGGAGCACUUGUGGCACCUUAGAGACUAACAAAUUUAUUAGAGCAUAAGCUUUCGUGGUCUACCGCCCACUUCAUCAGAUGCAUAGAAUGGAACAUAUAGUUAGAAGAUAUAUAUACACACACACAUACAGAGAUGGUGGAAGUUGCCAUACGAACUGUAUUUGGCUAAUUAAUUAAGAUGAGCUAUUAUCAGCAGGAGGGGGAAAAAAACAACUUUUGUAGUAUGAUCAAGAUAGCCCAUUUAGACAGUUGACAAGAAGGUGUGAGGAUACUUAACUUAAGGAAAUAGAUUCAAUAUGUGUAAUGACCCAGCCACUCCCAGUCUCUAUUCAAACCCAAGUUAAUGGUAUCUAGUUUGCAUAUUAAUUCAAGCUCAGCAGUUUCUCCUUGGAGUCUGUUUUUGAAGCUUUUCUGUUGCAAAGUUGUCACCCUUAAAUCUUUUACUGAGUGGCCAGGGAGGCCAGAGAGGCUGUUCUUUUUGAUGGAGAUUAAAUUGCCCUUUCAACCACAUAGGAAAUCCUUCAGGGUCAGGGUUGAAGUACGCUGGUGUAAGACUGUGAAAAGGCUUGUACUGCAGCUGCCUGCUGUAUUUGUUGUGUCACUAAUUGGAGGACUUUUGAUGCCCAGGCUGUCAAUACAAACACUAAAUAAAAAAGGGGGAAUCUAUGGGUAAUGUCUUUUCCUAAGAAAAUGCGCCAAAGAAAUGUAUUGUGGAGAAUACUAGGUGAAGUGAAUUAUGGCCAGACUCUUUUUUAAUUCUAAAGUUUUUAUGUGCAGAGUGCAGGGCCUUUUGUAUAUAAUAACUAUUCCCCUUUCCCUAUCGCAAACACACGUUAUUUACCCACCCAGAUAAAAUGUUUGGGAGGUAGGCUGAAAACUCUAAAACUCAAAUAUAAGAAGGGUAGCCAUGUUAGUCCACAUCUGUAAAAGCGGCAAAGAGUCCUGUGGCACCUUAUAGACUAACAGACAUAUUGGAGCAUAAGCUUUUGUGGGUAAAUACCCACUUCAUCGGAUACAUGUAGUGGAGAUUUCCAGAGGCAGAUAUAAAUAUGCAAGCAAGAAUUGGGCCAGGGAUAAGGAGGUUAGUUCAAUCAGGGAAGAUGAGGCCCUCUUCCAGCAGUUGAGGUGUGAACACCAAGGAAGGAGAAACUGCUUUUGUAGUUGGCUAGCCAUUCAUAGUCUUUGUUUAAUCCUGAGCUGAUGGUGUCAAAUUUGCAAAUGAACUGAAGCUCAGCAGUUUCUCUUUGAAGUCUGGUCCUAAAACUCAAGUACUUAUUAAAGGAUGCUUUGUAGUUAGCUACUGGAGCCCAAGGGUAUUGAUCACUUAAGUUCUUCUUGUGUCCUUUUAUUGAAUGACAAAGUUUGUGCUUAAAUGUGGUAAUCCCUGUAUCACAUAGUACAUAAGUAAAUCUUUUUAAAGGAACAAAAUUGUUUACAUAUCAUGAUAAAUUCUGUUUCUUAUGAAAUGCCUUAAAGGAAUAAAGCUAAACUGAUAACGUUCACAGAUCUAUAAUGCUGUCUUGUACAGGAAUAAGUAUUUGUACUUGAUCUUAAACACUUUCUCCAGCAUUUUAAAAAUAAAACAUUUUCAUGAAAAAGA